AUGUCAAUAUCACAAGGAAAGAAAAUAUAUAUUUCUUAUUUUGAUCCAUUCGAUCUGUUUGAAUCAGUUAAGAAUGAGUUUUCACAGAUCCUCCCAUUAGAAAAUAUACAUUGGAAAUCAACAAAGGGUGUAACACGAACAAUCACAUCCUUACCAGUAUCCUUAGAAGCAGAAAAGCAAUCUGAACAAGAUAAAAAAAAUAGUAAUAUUCCUUUUGUCAGGACUAUCAUCGUGAGUUGUAAUUCCGUUGAAGAAUAUAGAUCUAAAGUAAGACCUUUACUAAGGGAAUGGUUACCUGGGAUUGAACACAAUGAAACGAUUACCAACGGAAACAAUGGUGUGAAGCUGAUAUUUACCAGCACGCCUAUAAUAUUUUUUUAUUCAAAUUCGACUGUUGUAGAUUCAAAUUUGUUUAAAACUGUAACAAUAAUGGAGAAAUUCAAUAAGGACUUUCCCGAAGUUGAGGCAUUAGAAUUGAAGUCUGUAUACAAAUCGUUGAAGGAAAAAGAAGAAUUUUGGAAUCGAAUAUCUCAGAAACUUAAGAUGCAUUUUUUGGAAAUAUUCCAACAACGAUUAAACUAUCUGAAUUCUAUGCUUACGAAAUAUAUGAAACUAACUGGUGAAUCCAAACAAGAUGCAAAAGAUAUGCUAUUUAUAAAGGAAAAUUUAUUUGAUUUGUAUUUCAAAGCCAAUUUAUUGGAAGAAGGAUCCAACGAACUUAAAGAGAUUAAAAUUGAUGUUUCCGGUACUAUUGAUGAAGGAAUACCCAAGGGACAGUUAGAAAUACCUUUCACAUUUGAUAUUCCAGAGAAUGAUUCGAUAUUAAUGGCUGAUUCUGAAGAGAAUAAAUUGACUACCUAUUAUUUGUUGAAGUAUUUCUUUAUAAGAGAUUUUUUCUUUUUGGCAUUGGAGGUUAACAUUAAUACAAGGAUACUGAAACUUUAUAAACUCACGAAACAAUUUUUGAUAAAUAUUGAAACCAAAUUUCGAAAUAGUGAAAAUUUAUUGAUAUUUAAAUAUUUGUUUUUAGAAUCCGUGAUAAAAUAUCUGAACGAAAUUAAAAUAAGUGAUAUGUCUUUGUUAUCGGAAGUGAAAGCUGAGUUAUUGUUAAUGAAACGUGAUAGUUGGAUUAGGGGCGUUCUAGAGACAACAGAUUAUACUCUCCCAAAUAAGAAGUUCGAUAACCCCGAAGUUCAAAUGAAAUAUAAAUUUAGCAUCAAAAAGGAAUCAUAUAAAGACCAAGAUACAUUUUAUGAAAGUUUUAUAGAAUAUAACAAAGAACUUUUAUCCUUAUACAAAAAUUGUGACAGUAAAAGACAAAGAAUAACUGAUAUUAUUUCAUUAGAGAUCGGUAUGGUUUACCACCAAAAGAAAGAAUACCAGAAUGCCGUCUCAUUGUUAAUAUCAUGUUAUGAAUUUUACGUCGAAUCUAACUGGAAUGUCAUCGGAUUUCAUAUAUUAAAGAUUUUCACUAAUUCUCUUGAGAAUUGCCCAAAUCUUGAAAAUAUUGAAUUAGAUAGCUCUUCUGUCAGUGUAUCGUCGAUCUUAUGCAAUUCAUACUUGAAUUUAAUCAAAUUAUCAUCAAACUUACAGGAUAAAGACUUAUAUUGGAAGAAAUUUUUGAACUUGAAAAAAUUAAAUGUAAUGGAUGAUAUCACUUACAAUGUAAAUGGAUUUUUUGAUAUAAAUAUUGGCCAGACAGUUUCACUAAAGGAGGCCAAUACUUAUACUAUUAAUCUUCAAAUUGAUAAUAUUGGAUUUCCUGAGGAUGUAAAGGCAAAAUAUAUCAAAUUAACAUUAAGAGAGUAUAAUCGUCAAGAAAGUAAAGUGAUAUUUUUAUUGGAAGAUGUGAAUUUGAAACGUGGAUCUUAUGAAUAUACAUUGGCCACCAAAGAUAUUACAUUUGGACAAUUUGAAGUGAACUCCUUAGAAAUUAUGAUACAUGAUACGAUGUUCUUACAAGAGUUUGGAUUAGAUAUAGGAAGUAUUGGUGACGAGAUAAAUCGUGAUGCUCCAAUUGUCGAAAUAUUUGAAUUAUAUAUUACUGAUAAUAUAUUUAUCGGAUUGGAACAAGCAAAGACUUUAGAACUUGGUGAGAAUUUAUUGGAGGUUAAGAUAGAUAGUUUCAAUAGACUUAAAAAUUCAACCUUGAAACUAGAAAUGUUAAAUAAUUCAAUUUCUCGUUUCUUUAGUUUUAAUAAUAAUGAAAUUAUUCAUAAGAAGGAAAUUAAUAAUAUUACUGAAGGUAGUUUCAGUAUCCCAUAUUAUUUAGAAGAGCAAAUAACUUCAUUUGUAUUAGAAUUCGAAUUUUCAUUUGAACGUAACGACCAAGACGGAAGUUUCUCUGAGAGGAAAUCGGUUGAAAUAGAAUGUUUCUUACCAGUGUCUGUAUCAGUUGAGGAUAUCUUCAAGAAAGAUAUUUUCUUUUUUAAGUUUUUAUUAUCCUCGUCCUUGAGAGAAGAACCCAUUAUCCUGCAUAGCUCAAAACUUUCCGUCAAGGAAGACAUUCGAAAGAACGAGUACGAUAUCAUUGGUAAUUUUGAACCAGAGAAUCCUGUUGUAUUAUUACCCUCGAUGGAGGAAACUUGUUUGAAUUGUUAUAGAUUGUAUGCGAAGGACAAGUUCAAUACAUCUGAUAUAUUCAAUUUACAUGUUCGUUACAAUACAUUAAAGGAACAAGUCGAUUGCCUUGUCACUGAUUCUAUCCUUGUAGAAGGUAAUGUUGAAUGGUUUAAAAAAUACUAUCAAUGGAAGAUAUUUUGGAGUAGUAAUAUAUUAUCUCAAUUACGUUAUGAUUAUGAAUUGUUUAACAAAUCGAAGAUCAUACGUAUUGAUAAUGGAUCAGAUAUUGUUAAACGAUUAAACAAGAUCAUUUGCAAGAAAAUCUCUACUGAUCAGACAGUUACAUCAAAAAUGUUAAAAUGUUUAGAGAAUCUAACUAAAGGGGUCCAAAUAAAUGAAUGGGAUAUCAGUGAAUACACCCAAAACCUAACCCCUCGAGAAUUGAUUGUUCCAGUAACGUUACCUGAAUUCGAACAAUUCUACAACGUUAGCUUUAACAAGAUUGAAUCGGAUACCGAUGAUCACAUCGCGACAGAAUUGGGUACUCCACAACAAUUUGACAUUGUAGUUGAGAAUAUGAGCCACAAUUGGGGCCGGCCGACCACAGAUGAGACCACUGACCACAUAUUCGAGAUACUGAGCAACAACGACUGGCUGUUACAGGGCAAGAAGCGGUUUAUGAUCCCGCAUGACAAGCAUACAUUCUCAGUGACAUUGAUUCCGUUAAAGACAGGGUACUUAGCGCUGCCUCACGUAGAGAUAACCAAUCUACAGGGGGAAGCUAGCCGUGUCGACCAAGCCAACGAAUACGAGUCUAUUCUAGUUCUCUAA